AUGGGAUCUUCACCCUCUACAAUAUCUCAGGAUGUGAAUACCUUGAUCCCGAAUUCUUCGAAUCAAGAGAACGUCCAAUUCCCCAGAAACUCAGAUGACGUUCUCCGUACUUUCAGCACCCUACGUCAUGUUCUUCCCUCAGAACUCGUUCUGGAGAUUUUAGAAUUCGCACAAUACUGGCUGCACGCUAGAGUCUACCGGGAAGGGAUAAACACUUACGACGAACGCAACUGGCACGAUCGGACACCAUAUUUGACUUCUGGGCCCGUCGCAGAGGGACGCGUGGAAGAGAUCAGAAUCAAGAUCUGGAGUCACGACCAAGGCUGGAGCGAUUACAGAGAAGACCAUGGCACCUACAGGAACUCUUGGACUUGGUUUGAGCUCGGUAUCGAAGGGUUCCAGGGAAGGGAGGUCAACACAGAACAUGUGGAUCUUCGCUUGGCAACCAAUGUGCAUGCACAACGGCAGACAGCGGUUCACGAGAUCGUAUAUCGACGCCAGGACAACUCGCGGUUGAUAGAGGCCCUGCGGACCGGGGAUCACCUCUCGAUCAUUCCUUUGUCGAGAUAUCCUGGAUGGAGGAACACCGUGGAUAAAGCCUCGAUCGAGGUCUACACUUCCCCUAUUUUCUGA